UCUCAAAAUAAAACUUUGUUUGUUUUCUAGACAGGUUGACAAGACUCUGAGAGCUUACAUGAAAUAGUCGUGUUCAGAUCUUCUAUGUUAAAAGACUUCUCAUCAACGGAGCCCGAGAUUAACGUGAAACGUUGAUAAAUUAGAAGUGCUGAAUGAAAUUUGUGAACUGUUUGCUUUAAUUUGUAACGGCUAGGAAAUUCCGUGAUGUUUUGGGAAAAGAUCUACUUUAUUGUGUUAGUACUACUAUUUGUGAGAUUAAGUACGGAAUUCUCGGUUCAAGUACCUGCUGAUCAUGGAACUUGUGAGAACUGGACAUUGGCUGCCGAAGCAAAUGCCGGGAAUUGUACUAAGACUGGGAAAAGAUUGCAUUGUUUUGGUGGAAUGGCCAAUCUUCAUUUGAUGAAUAUUCAGAAAAUCAAAAAAAUAGAACAAGUGAUCCUGUGUGGAUGGCCUAAUACGACCUUUGAACCACAUAGCGUUCUGAAGCAUUUUCCGAAAAUACGGAUAUUACGUAUUGAACAUAGCAAUCUAACUCAUAUUUUCAAUGAUUUUCCUGAUGCUAACUAUUUGGAGAGCAUCAACAUAUCAUGGACACAGUUUGGCUAUACUCGGCCGACUCUAUUCAAACGCCUGCAUAAUCUGAAAUACUUGGACUUGCGUUGGAACAAACUGGACCACAUGGAAGGGCCUUUAAUACUUCCACGAUCAUUUGAGCAAAUACUCUUAGCAGGCAAUCCCUGGAAUUGUACGAGAAAUUUAAAAUGGUUGCUGUCAGAGAAAGGAGCUCAUGUAGCGGAUCGGGAGAACUUAACCUGCGCAGACUACAAAUAUACAGGGAGGCAUUUGUUGACUGUUAUGCAGUUUAAAUUGAACUUGAAAACUGAAUGCCAGAAUCAUCCUGACUUACGAAAUUGCUCUUGUACAAUGCACUAUAUUCGUCGUAGCGACGACGGUAAAUCAUUAACACCUAUCUACGCUGUGAACUGCUCGCAUUUAAAUCUAUUUAACUUUCCAUCGUAUCUUCCUCAAAACACAAGUAUUUUCCAUGCUACUCAUAAUCAGAUUGCAGAAGUUCGUUCGCUGCGAGACAAUUCAGUCUAUCGUCAAGUAUAUGAUGUUUAUUUGGAUAAUAAUCGUGUGCAGUCGAUUGAUGUACUUGAAGCUGGAUUUUGGUUAAACAAUUUCCGAGUGCUGAGCUUGAAAGGGAAUAAAUUGACACGGCUUCCCGUCUAUGCGCUUGAUAGUGCCUUGGAGAGAAACGCUCAUGCUGCUCGUCUGUAUCUUAGUCUGAAUCCUUGGAUCUGUGAUUGUAAAUUUACCAUGAAAUUUCGCGAGCUACUUAUGAAGUACCAUACAAUAAUACGGGACUCCCAUAAUAUUACGUGCAAGUACAUUGAAGGUGAUGAAAAUUUUAUGACGGAAGUUCUUACACUGGAGAGAAAUGAUGUAUGCAAGUUGCCUAAAGAAUCCAAAAUUUUACCUUUAGAUUUGCUAAACGGCGUUUUGGCAUCAUUAAUAGUUUUAAUUUUAGGGAAAUUAGCUUAUGAUUACUACCACUAUAGAAAGUCAGGUAGAUUACCGUGGAUUGUAACGAAAUUGCCGUGAACUUCAAUUUUUGGUGGAAUUUAGAUAUAGUUUAAGUUGCCGGGAAUCUAGUGAUGGCUGUUUAUUAUAAGUAUUGAAAAACUGAAUUAUAUCCCAAACCACUAAGUAUCGUAACAAGUUCGGUAUACUUGUCCGUGUUAAGGUAUUAUUGAAAAUCAUUCAAACAACUAGAUGGGGACAUCAUUUUAUUUAUCAUAGACAAAGUUUAUGUUGGACAAAUUCGUUGAUGAAUAAAUUUCUAUGAUUUAGUAUAACAGGAACGAAUAUUUGCUGGUAAAAUUUGUACUUAAGUAUUAAUAACAGAAAAUGUAAAUAUAGCUAAGAAAAUAAUUAAUAAGAAUCAGUAAAUGUAAAACUUACAGAAUGUUCAACAAAUUUGAUAAUACUCGAAAAUAAGUGGAAGUCAUUUCAGGCUAUCUUCUUUUGAACAUCAAUCUGUAUCAUUUGUUUCUAGAAUACUUUUGGAAUGUAUUAUAUUAAGUUGUAGCUGUGUAUAAUAAACAUAUUACGGACUAAGACCAAUGUGAUAACCAUUCAAUUAACUAAACGCUUACACUCCUAGAAAUCUUCUACACUUGAAAAAUUAAGCCUCUUGUUUGCAGAUUAUAGAAUGUAUAAUGAAGACCUCCACUAUAUACCAACCUCUAUGAAAUUCAGUUUCAAUGUUUAUUUGUAGAAAGUGCUAAGCUUCAAUUUUUGGGUAGCAAUAAAUAACUUUAAAUUUGA